AUGUCUCACCGCAAGUUUGAGCACCCCCGUUACGGGAACCUGGGCUUCAUGCCCAAGAAGCGCUGCCGCAGGGGUCGCGGCCGGUGCAAGGCCUUCCCCAAGGACGAUGCCUCCAAGAAGCCGCACCUGACGGCCUUCAUGGGCUUCAAGGCCGGCAUGACGCACAUUGUCCGCGACCUCGACAAGCCGGGCUCGAAGGCCCACAAGAAGGAGGUCUGCGAGCCGGUGACGAUCAUCGAGACCCCGCCGAUGACGGUGGUGGGCCUCGUGGGCUACAUCAAGUCGUACCGCGGGGAGCAGACGUACAAGACGGUGUGGGCGCAGCACAUCAGCGAGGACAUGAAGCGCAAGUUCUACAAGAACUACUUCUGCUCGAAGAAGGCCGCGUUCCGCAAGUACAAGGCCUCGUUCGACGAGAAGAAGGUCAAGGCCGACCUGGAGGACAUGAAGAAGCACUGCUGCACGAUCCGCGUGGUGGCGCACACGAACGUGCGCAAGGCCGGGUGCAACAAGAACAACGGGCAGAAGAAGGCGCACGUGAUGGAGAUCCAGGUCAACGGCGGCUCCGUGGCGGACAAGGUGGACUUUGGCUACGGCCUCUUUGAGAAGACGGUGCCGGUCGACGCGGUGUUCGGGCAGGACGAGAUGCUGGACACGAUCGCGAUCACGCGCGGCCGCGGCACGGAGGGCGUGGUCACGCGCUGGGGCGUGUCGCGCCUGCCGCGCAAGACGCACCGCGGGCUGCGCAAGGUGGGCUGCGUGGGCGCGUGGCACCCCGCCGCGCUGCAGUGGACCGUGCCGCGCUCGGGCCAGCACGGCUUCCACCACCGCACGGAGAUGAACAAGAAGAUCUACAAGCUGGGCAAGGCCGGGACCGACUCGCACAAGGCCACCACGGACUUCGACGUGACGGACAAGGACAUCACGCCCGUCGGCGGGUUCCCGCACUACGGCACGGUCAGCGAGGACUUCCUCAUGCUCAAGGGCACCGUCGCGGGCACGCGCAAGCGCGUCAUCACGCUCCGCCAGAGCAUGGUGCCGCAGACGGACCGCCGCGCCACGGAGAAGGUCGCCGUCAAGUUCAUCGACACGGCCUCCAAGUUCGGGCACGGCCGCUUCCAGACCAGCACGGAGAAGGCCAAGGCCAUGGGCCGCCUCAAGGCGUAG